UCGUUUUUCAUUCGUUGCCUUUCAGUCUGUCAAACACUUAAAUAAGUAUAAAUAUACAUUCUUCCUGAGAUCUUUUAUAGAUUUCCAAAAUUUAUUUGUACAAAUAUACCUCAUUUCGCCAUGAAUUUCUUCGAGCAGAUUAGUGAUCAGUUUUGCGGCGUUAUGCACACCAACCUAAAGAUACCCAUAUCUUAUUGCGAAACACGCUGCAACUGGAAAUUCUCGGCAAAUAUCGAUACAAUGAUAUUCUUCUAUACCCUCAGCUUCGGUAUCCUUCGAGUGGUAUUCAAUUUUAUACAUUUCGUGAACCUUUCCAUGGGAGGGACGCAGUUGGGACGGCCAAGCUGUCUCUUGAUUCUGAGGGGCACACAUUCGGGGCGCUUACGAGCCCUCAAACAAUUUUUAAUGCUGCAAGCGUGGAUGUUAGUGAUAUACGGCAUGGUAUCCAUCAAGCCGCAUUACAUAAAUCCCUUCGUUGUGGUUUCCGUCAUCAUCUUGAUCAGCGAUAUGUUUGUGCUGCUAUUAGAUAUCCGGCGACAUGCCAGGAUACCUCUGGAACGCAGGAUGACCCUUUGGGAAAUGAUGCUCAACUUGUGCUGUGUUUUUUACGUGCAGCGGAUCCUCAAGAAACAGAUACACUGUUAGCCUACAAUUUUUUUGCUUGGAGGAAAUGAUGUGCUCCAUGCCGAUUUAAACCCUUCAUGUUACUGGGAGUGAACAUUUAAAACAGGAUUAAAUUAUUCAGUGAAUGAGGCUUUUUAAACUUUGUAGCUUUGGUUAUAACUUGUCUAAAAAUAAUGACACAAUUUAAUAAAUAUUUGUUUUGUGCAUUAAAUAAACCAA